CUGCUCGCAUCGCAACGCCAAGCCCGCCCUUUCAGCCUUGUCCACCCAGAGCCAAACCCCUGUCCUUUGUUUACCCUCCCGACAUUUCGGCAGACAGACAGACCGCCCUCACACGCAACCCCAGAACCACCAAACGACGCAACUCCCCGGCAUGCACCAGCCCGGCACUUCCUCACCAUGUCGUCGGCAGCUACCGCAAUCUCCUCACACACACGCAGCAAGAGCCUGCGUGUCCCCGUCUCAGACGCCUCAUUCCUGAAACGGUCAGUGGUCGCGCCGACAAACUUGCAACAAGCAGCCGGACCGUCGCAUGUUGCUCUUUUCUUGACGAAUUUGAGAUUGCUGGAUUUGGAUAAGAGACAGGAUUGGCCGGGGAUUACGCCGGUGACGUUUGCGACGAAGGAUUCGCAGCAGAAUAUUAAGAAGCGGAUUCAGUGUGUGGAGUGGGCGCUUUUUCGGCUGUUUGAGAUUUGGGAGCCGGAGGAGGCGAGGGAGAAACUUCAACCGUUCUUUCCCCCACUCGAACCGCUCCAGUCGCUCAACUUGCGCACGGCACUCUUUCGAUGUCUCGAUCAGGCGAAGAAGAAUGGCACCCUCGGGCGAGAUGCAGUCCUACGAAAGACGAUGCUAGAUGAGUGCAAGGGCGAACGAUUGGAAGAAGUCCUAUCCGUUUUCUCCACCGCCGUCGUGAAGCGCUCAGUUCGCGAGAAUCAAGAUGGCCCGGAGGCAAUCGCUCUCCGUCUGGCUAUGGAGAACUUCUCAUACACCGGUGACCGCGCUAGCCUGUCAGCGCUGGUAUUGGCGCACAAAAGCAGCUUGCGGAAGAAGAUCGAACAGAAAGAUCGGGCAAAGGGGAUAUAUAACGAUUUCUCGGGGCUACUGGAGUUGAAAGAUCGGCAGAUAACGAGACGCAAGGAGCAGUUGAAGGUGGCUAUUGAGGAGGAUGAGAAUACGGAACAUAUAUCGAAGGCGGAGAUGUAUGAAGUGCAGGAGAGGGCACGCAAGAAUUGGUAUGGGAGUAAUGAUUGGCUUGAGAGUAUAUUACAGAGUGACAGGCAGGCUCAGACCGAUACCCUGCUCUCGGAACCAUACGACCAAGUGUGGAAAUACGUCGAGAAGGGAAGGAUUGGGGAGAUUGAAGAUAGCCAGCGCAAAGGCCUGUUACAGCAAUUGGACGCCAGGGUCAAGGAGCAGAAGAACCGCUACGAAACGUGGCAGAAUUUCGAAAGGUCUAUCAAGGCCAGGAGGUCAGAUUCUGGCAAGGUGGAUGUUAUGAUAUCUACUAAGCCGGCCAAGGAUCUUAGUAUUAGCUUUGGGGCACACGAAUCGUUGCAGUUGCCGAGCAAUCCUCUGCAAUCAUCGAAAAGCUGGCAGCCGCUACCUGAACAAGCAGAGUUGUUAGCAAAUCUUCAGAGGGAACUCGCGGAUGUUGGGAAGCCGCAGCGUUACGAGGAAUUACCAAGACGUCGGGUUUCUACGCGAGGAGGGUCUCUGGAACCGCAGCCAGAAGUACAGAGCAAACCUCAGCCUCAGGAUGAUGAAAAGGACUGGGAAAGCAACAGCGACAGCGACAAGCAAGAAACUCCCGUUCCCCAGCGUCGACACACUCGGCGUAGAGUAGAGCGGCGGAGAGUCGUAGCACCACCACCAGAAUCGUCAGAGACUGAAGAUGUGUCUGACAGCGACGAUCAGGUUGUUGAGCAGGAGACGCCAAUUCCCCAACGACGUCCAUCGCGACUCAUGGCUGAGCAUCGAAAUGCGGCAGCACCUCCGCCUGAACCAUUCUCCGAGAUCGAAGAAACCGACAGCGACAAUAAACAGUUUGAGCAGAUGACUCCUGUUCCCCAGCAUCGCAGUGCAGUACUCCCGCCACCAUCAGAGACCGAUGAAGCCACCGAUAGCGACAAUCAACCAAUGGAGCAGGAAACCCCAGUCCCCAACCGUCAAUCUUCACGCAUCAUCCCAAUCUACCGCACCGCAUCACCACCACCAGCAAACCACCCCUCACUCGAAGCCUCACCCAUCCCCUCCGACCAGCCUUCACCACCCGUUCCAAGGGUGUUAUCAACAAUCUCCGACAUGCCACCUCCCUCACGCACACCCUCCCCAUCUCUCCCCUCCCCAGACACGACCCAACUCCCCCUCUCAACCCCCGCCACCUCCCCCUCCCCCCCCAAACCGCGCCACAUCCUCUCCCUCGCCGAACGAACACGCAUGUCCAUGUCUCGCUCCCUUCCACGGGCUAGCGAGGACUUCGAUUCUCCACCCGAUUUGCCUGCGCCACGGCUGGGGUCAAGCAUCACGACAGAUCCAGAAAUCAAUCCAGCAGCAGCAGCAGCCGCAGCAACAGCAAAACGGCACGAAGACCUCCUCGCGCGAACGAGACAGUCAAUGUCCAACACCGCCGCCGUAGCUAAAUCCGCACAACUCGAGCGCCGCCGCAGCGUCAAGACUGCUGCGAGGAAGAAAAGAGAGAGCUUUAUGCCUGUGAGACAGAGUCUGGCGCCGUUUGAUGAGUAUGCACUGGAAGGGGGGGUGGAUAGGGAGGCGUUGAUAGAGGAGGAGGAGGUGGAUAUGGAGGCGGUGUUUAUGAGUCGGCCGAGGGUGAAGACUAGUCCUGCUAGUAGUCCGAGGAAGGCGUGGGGAGAGAUUGGCGGGGGGAGAGAGGAGGAGGGGAGUUUGAGUCCUGGGGCGUAGAGGAGG